AACCAGAGAGAGAGAGGUCUUCUCAGAUACGCACAACCCCAAUCCGCUUCUUCUUCAUCACCUCUCUGCUCCUUUCUCAAUUUCUCUUAGGUUUCUUGGUAAUAGAUUGGUCUUAACAAGAAUCUCUUCAAACAUGUUUUAAGUCUUGAGUACUAUUGUUUUUACCAAUGGUUGUGUCUUCAUCUUCUUGCAUUCACCUGCCGUUACACUUCACUAAAAGGAGAUGCCUUUCAAGGAACCCUCCUCUUAAUAUUCCCCAAAGGAAGCUUGUUGGGAGUUGCAACAUCACAUGGAAACCAUCAGGGGAAUCUCCCAAACGUUGUGUUUCUACUUCCUUGAAUCUUGGAGAGUCUUCUUUUAAGUGUGCUUGCUUGGCAUCUCUGGGAGAGUUUGAUGCUGUUGCUGGUUCUGGUUGGGUCCCUAUCGGUGACCAAGUUCUCUUGAUGGCUAGUGUUUUCCUCACGUAUAUGGCUGGAGUGAUUCCUAGUCAAAACUCUGGUUACUCUUCUAGAAAGAAUAAUGUGAAAGAGGAGAGUCCAGAGGUUGGAACUCCAGAGUCUUCUGGUAGGGAUACAGGUUUUGAUGGUGGUUUGGAGUCUGUAUGGGAUGUGGUGAAAGGAAAGCUUUUGGAUUCUUUAGACGCUAUUAAGAGUGAGAGUACACUUGGAAGCAGAGUCCUGAAGGCGAAACCGCCUCAAGGGAAGCCUCCUCUGAGCUUGUAUGCUAUAUCUGAAAGGCCACAGGUGUACUUGCUCUGGUCUUGCUUUCAGAAACUUGAAGAAGAGACAAAUAAGAUAUCUAACACAAUCAACUCGGAUGAGUGGAAGGUUAGUUUUAAUGAUAUUGUCAGUGAAGCUUAUCAAGGAGCAUGCACAGCUUGGCUAAAGAAGGAAUUGUGUGUGGAAGACACUGAUUCUGACAAAGAGGCGAUGACUCCGUUGCUGAUCAAAAUGUUAAAUGAAAAGGAAACUAUCUUUGAUAAAAUAAGAAAAUCAGGCAAGGAGGAUCUGUUUGCAGAGUUCUUAUAUUUCUAUAAAUUUGGAUCUUCAGGGAAAGCUUCUUGCUAUGAUCUUAGCUUGUUUCGUACUCAUGGAGUUGCCAUUUUGGAAGACUUGAUGAUAACGUUAGCAGAUGGGGUCGCUAGCAUCUAUCUAGAGCUCAUUUCUGUAGACAGCAAGUUCUCAGAUGAAAUGAAAACUGGAGGGUUAGAUAUCUGUAACCUUUCUAGUAGAGCACUUCAAAAACUACGCAACGAGGUAGCUCUAUACCAAUGGUUACAUCAGAACAUGGAAGCAGUUGUGUCAAUGUAUGAGGAUCGCUUUGACCUCUACAUUCUUCAAACUCAGGUUAUCAACAACUCUGAUGGUGGUGAUGACACAGAAAGAUAUAGUUGGUGGAGAAAGCUCACACCGGGAAAAGCUAAAGCUACCUCAUCAUCAUCAGCCUUGAGAUACUCCAUAAUCAGUGAUUUCUCAUUGCCUGUUAAACGAACAAAGGAGCUUAAGGCUCUAUCAGGAUGGAGGUACUACUUUAGUCUGUUUCUGGAGUUAUCAGACAUUGGAAUGCCAAUCAUAAGAGUGGUGGUGAAUAAAGUGAGUAGCAUCAUAUCCUUCUUUCUUGUUACAUUGAUUGGUAGAUCAGUUGGACUCAUCUUCACUGGCAUUAGACAAUCUCUCCGGUGGAAAUGAAACCUCAUUACAACGUGGGAUAAGUAAAUUCAUUUUCUUGGUGUGCCCUCUUUGAUGAUUCUUGUUUGGUAAUUCAUUAGACGAAACUUUCAGUUUUGGGACAUUGAUUCAACAACAAUACUGAUAAUUUUUUUCAGAAAAAAAAAAGUGUGGUGCAUAGGAUGCUUGUUUGUUUGUUAUAAACUUACAAAGGUCUCUAACAUCAACAGAUUCACUUAGUUGAAAAAAGUGAAUAUAAUAUCUGAAGUAUUACAAAACAUGCAGAGGAUAAAAAAAAGACAGUGUAACCAGGUAUAGUAGUAGAGAGGCAAACACUCAAAGCCCUCAUCCUCAAGGAGUCUUGGUGUAAGAAUGGAUACCAAGAGCCAAUCCUAAAAUGAGAAGAGGAACAAGGAACUGAAGUGUCUUAAUGACAAGUUCCGAGCUCUGUGUCUGGCUAGACUGUUUCUGGUUUGGAGGAGGAGGAACAAACGUGGUUUUGGUCGGGACAGUGGAGGAGGCA